GGAAGAUAUUUUUUUAUCCCACUUACGCGCUGUCUGUCGGCGAACCAAUUUAGGGUUUCUUGAUCGUCUACCUCCCCCACUUUGUUUCGUCAUCAAUUUUAGGGUUUUAAUCUCUACAAUAUAUUUCAGGGUUGAACCUGAAGAAUUUUUAUUGCGAUUGGAAGAAGUUUUUUUGCACCAACUGAGGAUUCUUUUUGCUACUUAAAGUUAUAAGUCCUAUCCCUUAUUUGAAAAAGGAGCGAUUUCCUGUGGAAAAUUUGUUGAGAAUUCUAGGCUCCGAAAAAAUAGUUAUUGACUAUGCGAACUUCAUGGGCAGACUUGGCUGCGAGCUCUGCAGCUGAAAGUGCAGGUCCUGGCUCUUCUGCCAGCAAUGCGGGAACUGGUAACACCUCAGCUCCUUCACGCCCAGUCUAUGUGCCUCCCCACCUCCGGAACCGUCCACCUUCUGCAGAAGCGCCUGCUCCAGCAUAUAGUGGCCGUGCUUCUGGUUCUGGCACUGGUACUGGUAAUGUUGGAUCACGGUUGGCCAUGCCCAGAAAUGAGAAUCGGUUGGGGUACGGUGGUGGCGGCCGUGGUGGAUGGGGAAACAGAGGCAGUGGUUGGGAUCGCGGCAGGGAGAGGGAGGCCAAUCCCUUUGGUGAUGAGGAUAAUGCAGAAGAGGCAUCUGGUGAGCAGGAGAAUACAGGAAUCAAUUUUGAUGCAUACGAAGACAUUCCUGUGGAGACUAGUGGUGCAAAUGUGCCACCACCAGUGAAUACAUUUGCGGACAUUGAUUUGGGUGAAGCACUUAAUCAGAAUAUAAGAAGGUGCAAAUAUGUGAAGCCAACGCCAGUUCAACGGUACGCCAUACCAAUAUCUCUUGCUGGACGAGAUUUGAUGGCUUGUGCCCAGACCGGUUCUGGAAAGACAGCUGCCUUCUGUUUUCCUAUCAUCAGUGGAAUUAUGAGGGGCCAACCUGUGCAGAGGCCACCUCGUGGGGUGCGUACAGUGUAUCCACUUGCUCUUGUUCUUUCACCUACCAGGGAGCUGUCAAUGCAAAUACAUGAAGAAGCCAGGAAGUUUUCUUACCAAACUGGGGUUAGGGUGGUUGUUGCUUAUGGUGGUGCACCAAUAAACCAGCAGCUGCGAGAUCUUGAGAGAGGAGUUGAUAUUCUUGUGGCAACUCCGGGAAGAUUGGUGGAUUUGCUAGAGAGGGCUAGAGUUUCCCUGCAGAUGAUAAGAUAUUUGGCCUUGGAUGAGGCAGACCGGAUGCUGGAUAUGGGUUUUGAGCCCCAAAUAAGGAAGAUUGUGGAGCAGAUGGACAUGCCUCCUCCAGGUGCCAGACAGACUAUGCUGUUCAGUGCCACAUUUCCGAAAGAGAUACAGAGAUUGGCCUCGGAUUUCCUUUCAAAUUAUGUUUUCCUGGCUGUUGGAAGAGUGGGGUCAAGUACAGACUUGAUUGUCCAAAGAGUUGAAUUUGUUCAGGAGUCUGACAAGAGAAGUCACCUUAUGGACCUUCUACAUGCUCAGAGGGCAAAUGGUGUGCAAGGAAAGCAAGCUUUGACAUUAGUUUUUGUGGAGACAAAGAAGGGAGCUGAUUCAUUGGAACAUUGGCUGUAUAUUAAUGGUUUUCCAGCUACCACUAUUCACGGGGAUAGGUCACAACAGGAAAGGGAGAUGGCAUUAAGGUCAUUUAAAAGUGGCAACACCCCCAUAUUGGUUGCCACUGAUGUGGCUGCACGUGGUCUUGAUAUCCCUCAUGUCGCCCAUGUGGUCAACUUUGAUCUACCAAAUGAUAUUGAUGAUUAUGUACACCGUAUUGGAAGGACGGGAAGAGCAGGGAAGAAAGGUCUUGCCACUGCAUUCUUCAAUGAAAACAAUGCAUCCCUUGCAAGGGCUUUAGCAGAACUGAUGCAAGAAGCAAAUCAAGAAGUGCCUGCUUGGCUCUCACGGUAUGCUGCUCGAUCAUCUUUUGGUGGAAGGAACCGUCGAUCAGGUGGAGGCCGUUUUGGUGGCCGUGACUUCCGAAGAGAGAGCUUCAGCAGCAGAGGUGGUUCUGAUUAUUACAGUGCGGGAAAUAGCAGUGGAGGGUAUGGGGCUUCUGGUGGGUAUGCUGGAGGAUACGGUCCUGGUGUCACAAGUGCGUGGGAUUGACUUCGGCUUCGAAUAGCAGUUUCAUACUUAGGUAGUAGGUGCUGAAAUACACCCAUAGGAAGGUCCCCCUCUUCCCCCUCUUUUUUUCUCAAGUCUAUUAUUAUUUUUUGCUGUCAUUUUGCCCUUCCUAGUGUUUGGAGUCACAUUUUGUACUGUUUGCAAUGCUAAUGAUGGAGGGGACGGGGGAAUGUGUGGUAUUUUUACCACUUUGAUAGAGGUGUAUAAUGUUAGGCAAUGGGAUAUCUCUAGUGUAUUUGAGUCAUUUUUCUUGACCGCUUUAUUUAGUCUUCAACAUUAUCUGUUCACCUCUCAAGUCUGGCCGGCUUUUCCUUUUUCUUUUUUUAAUUUGGCCUAAAGCUGGAUGUAUGUGUUGCCAUAUUAGAAUCCACCACUCUUGAACAUAGAGGCUUGUAACUUCAAAUGGCGAAGAAUAAAUCCAAAAUUUCCCCGUCAAA